AUGCCAGUAAGAUACGACACUAAGCAUAUUGACCAUCCAGUAUGGCGAGACUUUCCUACAUCACUAGCCGACAUGAGGCAUCGCGUUAUAGAUCAACCGCUCCGAGAGGUUACAUGGUUUAAGAAAGAAAAGGCAGCUGAGGAUGAGUCUGGAGGGGAUACAGAUAUCAUGGCCACGGAUGCUCCAGAUACGAAGGGUGGUCCUGCCGAGGAAGACGACAAGCGGAAUAAAUAUUGGGCCAUUAUCACAACUGGCGCUGGUCUAUUCUCCGAUGGGUACAUCAAUAAUUCCAUUAGUACUGUGUCACUGUGUCUGUCGAUUAUCUAUGGCGAUCAAUAUCUGAAUUCUCGUGCGAUUCAGAACGUAUCUUCGAUUGCAUUUGCAGGGACUGUUGUGGGGCAAUUGGGCUUUGGUUAUAUUGCCGAUAAUUAUUCCCGUAGGGCUGGGAUGUUGAUUGGCACUACGAUGUUGAUUCUGUUCACCAUUCUUUGCGCUGGUGCUUGGGGUGUGGGCACCUCUGGUACGAAUGCCGGGGGUCUGUUUGCUGCUAUCACUGCUUAUAGGUUUUUCCUAGGUAUUGGCAUCGGUAGCGAGUACAGUAGCAGUUCGCCAGCGGCCGCUGAGGCUUCUAAUCUGUUGCCUGCAGGUAAAAGAAACAGAUAUUUUUGUUGGUUUACUAAUUUUAUGAUCGAUUCAGGGUUUGUCGUUAGUUCAUUCGUUCCGCUGGUCUUGCUAUGGAUUUGCGGCUCUGACCACUUGACUCCCGUUUGGAGAAUUACCAUUGGUUUAGGUGCUCUGCCGCCUCUCAGCUUGUUCUAUUUGAGAUUGAAAUAUAAAGAGAGCGCGGCCUUCAGAAAGACCAAGUUUCAAAAAGUAAUGCCCUACUGGACGAUCAUCAAAUUUUACUGGUUCCGGUUGGCCGUUGUCUCCAUAAUCUGGUUCUUGUACGAUUUCUCUGCUUAUGCCUUUGGUACUUAUUCCUCCAUCAUCAUUAGUAUAGUUCUAGGCGAGGAUGCUUCCCUGGUUCAGAGGUUCGGUUGGAACGUGGUUCUCAACCUCUUCUAUAUCCCCGGUGCCUUCUUGGGCGCUAUAUUUGCCGAUUGGUGGGGCCCCCGUAACACUUUGACGAUUGGAUUAAUCGUGCAAGCUGCACUCGGCUACGUCAUGGCUGGAGCUCUGGAGCACUUGCGUAAGCACAUCGCAGGUUUUGUCGUAGUCUAUGGUAUUUUUAUGACGAUGGGUGAAUUUUCUGCUGGCGAUAACGUCGGUCUACUGGCUUCAAAGACUAUAUCCGUUCCAGUGAGAGGCACGCUUUAUGGUGUCGCCGCAGCUAUUGGUAAAGUCGGUGCAUUUGUUGGCAGUUACGUCUUCCCUGACAUUAUCAGAAAUGCGGGCGGCUACGAUACCACUUCCGGCUUGCAAGCACCUUACUGGGUUGCAUCGUCGCUGUGUGUCUUCUCAGCACUGCUAGGAUACUUCUUCUUACCUCCUGUUGAUCAGGAAUCCAGUAAUGAAGAGGACCGCAAAUUUUUGGAGUACUUAAGCAGUACUGGUUACGAUAUCAUCCAAUUGGGCUACCCCGAGGACUCCAAGGUCGAAUUUGGCCACGAAUCCUCCUCUGAUGCAGACUGGAAGACCAAGGAGAAAGACCACACUGAGGAGAUCUUUUAG